GGGGGGACCCGGCGGGAGACAGAGAAAGCCUGACCGACCGGCUGGCGAAGAGCUGCAUGCAACCGGUGGGAGGCCGGGCCGGCUGGGUCUGAGGCUCGGGAUCGGGCUCGGACCGUUUCCCGGCGGGUCCCUGGCGGUGAGCGCCGACGGCCCGGAAGCGGCGGCUCUGAGCUGGCAGGCGGAGGGCUGUCUCCUGUGCCCGCCUGCCCGGCGCGGUCCGAGGAUGCGGGGGGGCGAUGCCCGGGGCCAGGGACGCGCUCUGUCACCAGGCGCUGCAGCUGCUGGCCGAGCUCUGUGCCCGUGGGGCCCUGGAGCACGACAGCUGCCAGGAUUUCAUCUACCACCUGCGGGACCGUGCCAGACCCCGGCUCCGCGACCCAGAUAUCUCAGUGAGCCUGCUGACCCUUGUGGUCACUGCCUGUGGUCUCGCUCUCUUUGGCGUGUCUCUCUUCGUAUCUUGGAAACUCUGCUGGGUUCCGUGGCGAGAACGAGGCCUGCCCUCUGGUAGCAAAGACAACAACCAGGAGCCUCUUAACUACACGGACACAGAGACCAAUGAGCAGGAGAACAGUGAGGACUUCCUAGACCCUCCCACACCCUGCCCUGACUCCUCCAUGAAGAUCAGCCACACCUCCCCUGACAUUCCCCUGUCCACCCAGACGGGAGUCCAGGAGAACUGUGCCCAUGGCGUCCGCGUGCAGCGCCAAGUCACAGAGCCAACCUCGUCGGCUCGGCAUAAUUCAAUCGGAAGACAACUCAACUUGUCAAACCCGGACUUCAAUAUCCAGCAGCUUCAAAAACAGGAACAGUUGACUGGAAUUGGUAGAAUUAAACCAGAGUUAUAUAAGCAGAGGUCACUGGAUAAUGAUGACGGGAGACGGAGUAACAGCAAGGCUUGUGGGAAACUGAACUUCAUUUUAAAAUAUGACUGUGACUUAGAACAGCUCAUAGUGAAGAUUCACAAAGCUGUCAAUUUGCCCGCCAAGGACUUUUCUGGGACUUCAGAUCCUUAUGUCAAGAUCUAUUUGCUUCCUGAUCGGAAAACAAAACACCAGACUAAAGUUCACAGAAAGACCCUGAACCCUGUGUUUGAUGAAGUGUUUUUAUUUCCGGUUCCCUACAAUGACCUUGAAGCACGGAAGCUUCACUUCUCUGUGUACGACUUUGACAGGUUCUCUCGUCAUGACUUAAUCGGCCAAGUGGUGGUGGAUCACUUCUUAGACUUGGCUGAUUUCCCCAGGGAGUGCAUCCUUUGGAAGGAUAUCGAAUAUGUCACCAAUGACAACGUGGAUCUGGGAGAGCUGAUGUUUUCCCUGUGCUAUCUUCCAACGGCUGGCAGACUGACCAUUACCAUUAUAAAAGCAAGGAAUUUAAAGGCAAUGGACAUAACAGGAGCAUCAGAUCCCUACGUGAAAGUCUCGCUGAUGUGUGAUGGCAGACGACUGAAGAAGAGGAAAACAUCCACCAAGAGGAACACCUUGAAUCCUGUUUACAAUGAAGCCAUAGUCUUUGAUGUCCCUCCCGAGAACAUUGACCAAAUCCACUUGUCCAUAGCGGUCAUGGACUAUGACCGUGUAGGUCACAAUGAGAUUAUCGGCGUGUGUCAAGUAGGCAACGAGGCUGAGAGGCUGGGCAGAGACCACUGGAGUGAAAUGUUGUCAUAUCCUCGGAAGCCCAUUGCACACUGGCAUUCCCUGGUGGAGAAACGAUGACCAUGAGUAAGAGGACUGCUUGCGCCAAGGACACAACAGGACAACCAUCUCACAAAGAUCUUAAGUAACUUUUUCCAUCCAGCAACACCCAGACAAUUCCAGUGACCAAACGCUCAGCUGUAACCACAGCAAUAACUGGCCUUCUUUCCAGACCGGGUUUGGUGAACCUGAAUGGUUCAGCCACAUUCUGCAGGUGGCCCAAGGUGAUGUGCUGCAGGGUAGCAUGUCUCUCAUGCCAAGAACCAAGAUUGGACUAUGAAUGAAAACAAAUGAUAGAUAUAGUGACAGUAUAUCUAGGACUGUACCAGGAGUACCAGGACUCAGUGUUUCAUAUGAAGCCUUUGGUGGUGAGGACAUAGCAUCUGCCCUGGAAAUUGUUAUUCUAACAUAAUAUUAUUUUCUAGAAUGCCCUGGAAGGACAGAAUAUUUAAAAAUAUAUCCAGGUGCUAAAUAGGCAGCAGAUCUCAAUUCACACAUGACUACCUUUGAGCUAAUGACUGUCUCCAGAAAAUAACUGUUCCCCAAAAGUGCUCCAGAUUUGCAAGGAAGAGCCCCAAGAGAAUAAUAGGACAAGCAGGCUGUUCCCUGGAAAAAAAAUCUAGUGCAAGGAGGGCUAGUUCACAGCAAAUUCACUGCCUCCUCCCAUGCACAUGGUAGAGAGUACCAGUAUCAACAUGGCCCUGUUUUCUGCUAAAACCAGAUUUUGAGGAAUCAGAGACCCCCAACACUAUUCACUCAGUAACCAGCAGCCACUUCCUUUCAACUGGGAAUGUUAUUAGAAUGAAAAGUAAUUGUUGGCCGGGUGCAGUGGCUCAUGCCUGUAAUCCCAGCACUUU